AAUUCACGUUAUUUGUCCAACUAAAAGUGGGCUAACCGAGUGGAAACGACUCGGGGCAACCUCUGGUGACGCUCCUUACUCCUGACACGGCGCAUGCGCAGAGGCCGAGUGUCGCGCAGCAGCAGCAUCGGAAGGAUCCGCCGUCUGGCAGAGACGGGAGCUCUCGUGUUUAUUUCACGUAAAGAAAACUUUCUCCCACCAUGUCGGGAUUCGACAGCAACCCGUUCGCAGACCCAGUGGACGUGAACCCGUUCCAGGAUGCCUCGGUCACACAAGCCACCAGCAGGGUCGCUGAAAGCCUUGCAGGGUACAACCCAUUCUCUGGAGACUAUUCUGGAACGACCAUCCCAGUCUCUGCCACCUCCUCCCAACCCGCCGUACUCCAGACCUCUGUGGAGCAAACUCCAAAAGCGGCUGCAGCAGCAGCUCAGGCCGACCUGGUCAAACAGCAGGAGGAGCUGGAGAGGAAAGCAGCGGAGCUGGAUCGACGGGAGCAGGAGUUUCAGAACCGGACUGCAAGCGGUAACGCUGCCCCCGGAACUAAAGAGAACAACUGGCCACCUCUUCCAAAGUUUUCUCCCAUCAAGCCCUGCUUCUAUCAGAACUUUGAGGAAAUCCCUGAGGACUACCGCAGAACCUGCAAAAGAAUGUACUACCUAUGGAUGUUCCACAGCUCCACUCUGUUCCUCAACGUGCUGGCAUGUCUGGCUUACUUCACGACAGACCAGAAUAGAGGCGUCGACUUUGGCCUGUCCAUCCUCUGGUUCAUCCUCUUCACCCCCGUGGCCUUCGUGUGCUGGUACCGACCGGUGUACAAAGCCUUCAGGUCCGACAGCUCCUUCAGCUUCUUCUUCUUCUUCUUUGUCUUUUUUAUGCAAGUGGCCGUGUACAUUAUCCAGUCUGUGGGGAUUCCCUCAUGGGGAAACAGUGGCUGGAUCUUAUCGAUCUCUGUGCUUGGUACCAACUUGGCAGUUGCUGUGAUUAUGAUGGUAGUGGCCGGGUUUUUCACCAUGAACGCUGUCCUGGCUGUCAUCCUGCUAAAAAUAGUCCAUGCUAAGUACAGGAGGACAGGAGCGAGCUUCACCAAGGCCCAGGAGGAGUUUUCCAAAGGAGUCCUGACCAAUCGAAACUUUCAGAACGCUGCAGCGUCUGCUGCUACCUCUGCUGCCCAGGGAGCCUUUGGCCAGAACCAUCAAAAUUAGACUGCUCCCACUUGUGCCUCAGUCUAUUAUUCUGUCAGACCUGCAGACCAAGACAUAUUUUCAAUAAUUAUUAUUAAGUAAACUUAAGGGACACAAGUUUGAUUAUUUUGUUAAAAUUAGUCAAACCAGCAAUAUCUUGUUAUAAAAACAGGCCUAAGAAGGCAUCCAUUCUCCUCUUAUAGGACUAAAUUUUGCAUUGUGGCAACAAGUAAAAAUAAGAAGGCAUGUUAAAGCAUGUAACGCUUUGAACAUGACUGUUAUUUUUAAUAUUAUAAUUGAACUUUUAAACACU